AUUAUAACUAUUUUAGGUUCAAGACGGUUUCCAAAUAUAGUACAACAAAACCAGCUGCCUGCACUUGCGGAUAAUUCAUAAUCUCUUAAAAGACAAUGUUGACCCUUAUCCAAAAUGAUCUGAGGUGGGUACAUUGGUAAUUAAUUAUAUGAAUCAAUCCACCAAACCAACAAGACAAAAACUUGGGGAAACCAGGGGAGACAGCGUCUGGUUUUGCACUCUGUCUAAUCCUCUUCCUCUCUAUUAUAUAAACAGACUUGUAGGAAAUUACCUUUCUUCAUCAACAACUUUCACAAAGCAAUUUACAAACAAAAAAAAACACAAAGCUAAAAGCUUUCCAAUUAAGAAGAAAAAGAAAGAGAAAAGAUGAGUUCAAGGAGCAAAGCAUGGUUAGUGGCAGCAACCAUUGGAGCCGUGGAGGCCUCCAAAGACCAAUUGGGACUAUGCCGGUGGAAUUACAUGAUCCGAUCUGUGAAUCAACGUAUCCGAAACAACGUGAGAUCCGCUGCUCAGGCGAACAGGUUCUCUUCUUCGUCCACCAACGCCCUUGCCUCCUGCAAGGAUUGUGACAAGGCCAAGAAGGCUGAGGAGUCUCUCAGGACGGUCAUGUACUUGAGCUGUUGGGGUCCCAAUUGAUGACGACGGAUCUAAGAUUUUUUUCUGUUUUUACCGUUGAUUGGAUCCGACAGGUUGUAUCACAAGUUAGAGAUAUUUGUACAGAAAGUAGAGAUGAAUAUAAAAAACUUUAUGAUUAUGUUACUGGAAA